AUGGAUUUGCUGAUGGAUGGGAACCACACUGCAGUGACAGAGUUCAUUUUGUUGGGGCUGACAGAUGAUCCAGUCCUCCGAGUCAUCCUCUUCAUGGUCAUCCUGUGCAUCUACCUGGUGACUGUAUCUGGUAAUUUCACCAUAAUUGUUCUUAUCAGAGUCUCCUCUCAGCUCCACCACCCCAUGUACCUUUUUCUGAGCAACCUGGCUUUUUCUGACCUAGGCUUUUCUUUUUCUGUCACACCCAAUAUGCUUGUAAACUUCCUGGUGGAAGUAAACACAAUCUCCUACCUCGGAUGUGGCAUCCAGCUCGGCUCCGGUGUUUUCUUUGGGACUGCUGAGUGCUUCCUUCUGGCUGUCAUGGCAUAUGACCGCUUUGUGGCGAUCUGCAGCCCACUGCUUUACUCAACCAACAUGUCCACACAAGUCUGUGUCCAGUUACUUAUAAUGACUUAUGUAGGUAGUUUUAUUAAUGCCUCUUCUUUUACCUUUUCCUUCUUUUCUUUACUUUUUUGUGGACCAAAUCAGGUCAAUCACUUUUUCUGUGAUUUUUCUCCGUUAGUUGAGCUCUCUUGUUCCGACGUCAGCAUCCCUGCAGUUGUUCCCUCAUUUUCUUCUGGAUCCAUCAUUGUAGGCACAGUGAUUGUCAUCGCCGUGUCCUACGUCUACAUCCUCAUCACCAUCCUGAAGAUGCGCUCCACCGAGGGCCGCCACAAAGCCUUCUCCACCUGCACCUCCCACCUCACUGCAGUCACGCUGUACUUUGGAACCAUUUUCUUCAUUUAUGUGAUGCCCAAGUCCUUCUACUCCACCGACCAGAACAAGGUGGUGUCUGUAUUCUACAUGGUGGUGAUCCCCAUGUUGAACCCCCUCAUCUACAGCCUCCGGAACAAGGAGAUUAAGGAGGCCCUGAGGAGAGAGCUUGGGAGGCAGACAAUAGUGUCAUCUAUUAUUUUGUAA